AUGCACACGAGGGAGCAGCAGAAGAAGCCUUUUGAGAGCGAAUCCUCAACGAGGCCAUCCAACUUCAAACAAAAUCUACUCGUUCCCAACAACAUGGACAGACAAAUCACGUGGGCUGAGAUCUUGGAUGAAUAUGAGGCCCGGGAGUCGGCGUGCCAGUCGACCACGUGGGGGGACGUUAUGGAUAAGGUGGACCCUUUCCCAGGCCAAAGUUACAAGAAUCGCUCCCCAAAGAGGAUAAUUGGGGAGUUGAAGGACGUCAGCGGGAUGAAGCAUCUCCAGGAAAAGAACCUUAGCAAAGAAAGAUGCACCAUGGAAGAGGAGCGCCUCUUUGAGGUGCAGCGCAUUGCCAGGGCGAAGUGCCGCACAGAUGAGAAGUACUUCCGAGACUAUCUCCUCAAGAAGCGCCUCAUUCAAGUGAAGUACUUCAUUGAUGAGAAGCAUCAUCUCGAGAUGAUGUGUCCUGAGGAGAAGAAUCUGGAGGAGGAGGAGAAGUGUCUCGCCAACGUGAAACGCGUCGAGGAGGAGAAGCGCCUUGAGCAGGAGCAGCGCCUUGCCAGCAUUGCAACCAUCACCACCACCGGCCCGAUUGCUCCAAGCUUUGGAGAAGAGGGCUUCCAAGCAGAGAAGAUGGAUAAGAAGACAGAGGUGGAACAGGAAGAGGAGAAGGUGGAGGAAGAGGUUGAGGAGGAACAGGAGGAGGGAAUGGAGAAGACAGAGAAUGGAGAGAAGAUGGCAGUUGGAAUAAACAUGUUCGUGUGGGUGGAUGAGCCAUCCAACUUCAAACAAAAUCUACUCGUUCCCAACAACAUGGACAGACAAAUCACGUGGGCUGAGAUCUUGGAUGAAUAUGAGGCCCGGGAGUCGGCGUGCCAGUCGACCACGUGGGGGGACGUUAUGGAUAAGGUGGACCCUUUCCCAGGCCAAAGUUACAAGAAUCGCUCCCCAAAGAGGAUAAUUGGGGAGUUGAAGGACGUCAGCGGGAUGAAGCAUCUCCAGGAAAAGAACCUUAGCAAAGAAAGAUGCACCAUGGAAGAGGAGCGCCUCUUUGAGGUGCAGCGCAUUGCCAGGGCGAAGUGCCGCACAGAUGAGAAGUACUUCCGAGACUAUCUCCUCAAGAAGCGCCUCAUUCAAGUGAAGUACUUCAUUGAUGAGAAGCAUCAUCUCGAGAUGAUGUGUCCUGAGGAGAAGAAUCUGGAGGAGGAGGAGAAGUGUCUCGCCAACGUGAAACGCGUCGAGGAGGAGAAGCGCCUUGAGCAGGAGCAGCGCCUUGCCAGCAUUGCAACCAUCACCACCACCGGCCCGAUUGCUCCAAGCUUUGGAGAAGAGGGCUUCCAAGCAGAGAAGAUGGAUAAGAAGACAGAGGUGGAACAGGAAGAGGAGAAGGUGGAGGAAGAGGUUGAGGAGGAACAGGAGGAGGGAAUGGAGAAGACAGAGAAUGGAGAGAAGAUG